AUGGCACCUCUUCGUGGAGGGAAUUCUAAAAACCAAGCCUGUGUCAAGCAGGCUAUGACGGUAUCUGCAAACCAAACAACUCAGGGACCUUCUACCCCUAGAGUCACCGUGAAAGAAGAUAUGAAGGAGCCAGAACAAAGUGUAACUUAUUUUGUGGAUGAAGAAGGAAGAUACUAUUACCAGCCUUCUGUGGACAAUGAAAAUCUUACCAUGACUAUUGCUAAUGCAAAUGAUUCUGAACAAAAGCAUAUAAUAGUGAAUGAAGAUUACCAAACAGUCACAUUAGUUCCGUCGGAGACUGAUAUGGGUGAAGUCAGCUAUGUGCUGGUGGUUCAAGAUGACAAGCAAGUUAUGAAUAUUAAUAUAAAGGUUAAUGAGGAGGAGAAUGAAGGUGAUGUUUAUACAUUUGAAGAUGAAGAAGAAAUAACAGAAAAAGUUGAUGAGUCUUCAGAUUCCUUGGCUAAGCCAAAACGCAAGCAAAAGACUUCGCGGCCUAAUUAUAAUUGCAAUUAUUGUAAUUAUGUGAGUCACAGAAAGUAUUUGCUCUUAAGGCAUAUGAAGUCACACUCAGCUGAACGACCAUUUAAGUGUAACGUUUGUGACCGGGCAUUUAAGACCCGGGUUUCACUGAACAAUCACACAAACACUCACAAUGGUAUCAAGCCUCAUAUUUGCAAAUAUUGCAGCACACCUUUCACUACUUCAGGUGAGCUUGUAAGGCAUGUUCGCUAUAAGCACACUCAUGAGAAGCCACACCGUUGCACUCAGUGUGACUAUGCCUCGGUGGAACUGUCCAAGCUGAGAAGACACAUACGCUGUCACACUGGAGAGAGGCCAUAUCAGUGCCCGCAUUGCACAUAUGCUUCACCGGAUACGUUCAAAUUAAAACGUCACUUGCGCACGCACACCGGCGAGAAGCCAUACAAAUGCGAUUCUUGUAACAUGUCUUUCACCCAAUCCAACUCGCUGAAAGCUCACAAACUUAUCCACAAUGUGUCAGAGAAGCCAGUGUACGCAUGCGAGCUUUGCCCGGCAAAGUGUGGACGUAAAACUGAUUUGCGUAUUCACAUUCAGAAGUUGCAUACAUCGGACAAGCCCCUUAAAUGCAAGCGUUGUGGGAAAACCUUUCCAGACCGAUACUCUUGCAAGGUUCAUAAUAAGACCCAUGAAGGCGAGAAAUGCUACAAAUGCGAGCUUUGUCCCUAUGCAUCGACAACGCUUCGACACUUGAAGGCCCACAUGCUCAAACAUACUGAUGAAAAACCGUUUGUCUGCGAUCAAUGUAACCAAUGCUUUAGGCAGAAGCAGCUUCUUCGUCGUCACCAAAACUUGUACCACAACCCUGAUUAUUCGCCAAAACCACCCAAAGAGAAAACUCACGUUUGCCACGAAUGUAACCGCAGCUUUGCACACAAGGGGAACCUCAUUCGUCACUUGGCUAUUCAUGACCCAGAUUCUAAUCAUCUUGAGCAGGCGUUAGCUCUAAGGAUUGGCAGACAGAAGAAACUUAGGCCAUACCCGGAAAAAACCAUACGCGAAGAGAAUUCCAGUCCGCUUCAAGAAGUUGUUAAAAUAGAAGUGGCCAGCAAUGAAAAUAAAGAAGAUGAAAAUGUGGAAAUAACUGGUGAAGAAAAUCAAGAGUAUGUUGUCUUAGAGGUCAUACAAUUGGAAGAUGGGUCUGAGCAACAAGUGUGCCUCAUCACACCGCAUUACUCUGACAUGGAGAGACGAGAAGAAAGUGAUUCAGCAAACGCUGAUGAUAAUUCAGAAAGCAACCAAGAAUUAUUCUACAAAGAACAACUAAGAAAGACAAUCGAACAAAAUUUGAAAGCAGAAAAAGACUUAGAUACUUGCUUUGGAUUUGAUGAAGAAGAAGAAGAGGAAGAGGAGACUGUACCCAAAUUUGAGCAACAAGAAAAUAAAUAUUAUAGUCUCCAGUAUGAAUUAAGCGACGAAGAAGAUUUCCCACAUCAGUAUGAGUCUGCAAGCGAUGCAUCUGAAAAAGAUGGUGAGUAA